CUCUGAGUAAAGAAUUUCUUCCUAACAUCUAAACUAAGUUUCCCCUCUUUUAGUUUAAAGUCAUUUCCCACUGUCUGCCUGUGUAAGAAGUUGGUCCACCUUCUGGCUGUUUCCUUCAAGUACUGGAAGACUGCUGUGAGGUCUCCCCAGAGCCUUCUCUUCUCCAGGCUGAACAAGCCCAGCUCCCUCAGCCUUUCUUCAUAGGAGAGGUGCUGCAGCCCUCUGAUCAUCUUUGUGUCCCUUCUCUGGACCCAAUCCAGCAGCUUCACAUCUCUCUUGUGCUGGGGGCCCCAGGCCUGGAUGCAGUACUCCAGAUGGGGGCCUCACAAUAGCAAAGUAGAGGGGGACAAUCCCCUCCUUCUCCCUGCUGGCAGCCCUCUUUUGUUGCAGACCAGGAUGCAGUUGGCCUUCUGGGCUGCAAGCGCACACUGCUGGCUCAUGUCCAGCUUUUCAUCCCCCGGUAUCCCCAAGCCCUUUCCCACAGAACUGUUCUCAGUGAGUUCUUCUCCCUGUCUGUACAUGUCUGAGAUUGCCCCAACUCAAGUGCAGCAACUCACAUUUGGCCUUGGUGAGCGUCAUUAGGUGUUCAUGUGCCGACUUAUCGAUCCUGUCCAGGUCCCUCUGGAUGUUCUCUGUCUUGUCCCACACAGCAGGUUUCGAGGGAGGUGAAUCUCUUUCUGUCUCCUUAGUUGCGCCUCCCCUAGUCAGCAAGGGGUCACUACCGCAAUGGAGUCAUCCAAGACUCAGAGGAAUAACAGACAUCAAUUUAUUGAGAGCUUUCUUAACAACAACUAAUGCUCUACUCAGAGGUAAAAUUGGCUAAUUUGCUAAUUAUGAUUAAUAGGCGUUACAGAUAAGAAAAUAUUAGGCAACGGCUACUACACAGAGUGAAAGAGUAAAAGAAGAUAAAGAGAAAAGAUGAAAAAAAAUGAGGAAAGAGAGACAGACAGACAGAUAUGCAAACACAACAAAGCAAAGCAGUUCACCACGCCUUGAUCCAGCAAUGUCUUGGCAUCAGGUGCUGACCUCUAGUAGUGGUGGGUCGUCCCGAGGUUGUGUUGGUCAGUUGAUGACUAAUGAUGACAAUACAAACUCUUCCUUAUAGUCCAAAGUGGCUGAGCCUUGUCUUUUGCAGUGAUGGCUUCUGGCUUUGGGAUCUCAGCAGGAACUCCCUUGUUCCUGUCUUCCAGGCCUUGCAAACUUAAAUCAGCAAGUAAGACGAAGCAGGGAAAAGCCAGCUUCUAUCUUGCCUUCACAGAAUACAAUGGUAUCAUCCAAAUCUCCUGUAUCAACUAGUUUCAUUUGUUCCCAAGCCAAAUCUUCAGACAGUAAACACUCCUGGGCCCUCCCAUUCAAAGGCAAACAGUUCCAAAGAAAUGCUUUCAAAAGUAAAACCGUCCACAAAGUGAUGCUGAUUGCCUCAUGCUGAUUUGAGACAUACCUUACCAGUCCCAGUCAGCAUCCCUUCCUUCUAUUGUGUCAGCUGCACCACUCCGCUUGGUGUCAUCAGCAGACUUUCUGAGUGAACUCGAUCCCAUCUUGACACAAUGGCAAUGGGACUUGUGCUAAGCAAGUUAUUGAAUGCUUUCUUCUGAUCUUGAAUGGUGUUGGGAAAUAUUAGGUGUGACUUAUAUCAAUUUCCUGAGUGCAUGGGAUAGUCACCUGCAUGUGGGUGGAGAGGCAAGAGUUUCUGGUUUCAGCCCAAACCGACUGUCUUAAGGUGUGGGGGCUGGAGACUGUCAUUUACUCUUUUUUAUUGAUGUGGAAACCUUAUGCACAUAAGAUCUUAAAGUGCUCUUUACAUUUAGUAUAACUAUAAUUGCUGCUUUACAUGGCUUUUGCCUCUAUUUUCCCCAGUUCUGCCCCCCUCUAGUUCAGUAAUGGUACGCUCCAUAUGUUAAACGUCAUAUGAUUCUAUGACACAUCUGCAUGUAUUUAUAGGAGGCGCCUGGUGAUUCUUCUCAGACUGCUCCGGACAUCCCUUCUCAGAACCACUGCUCAUCUCAAAGAAGUUUCCUGCCACCAUGAUGAUGGUUGGGGGCUUCUCUGACCCUAAACCUGCUACUCCAGAGAUCCAGCAGCUUGCUGACCAGGUGAAGACACAAUUAGAAAGCAAGGAGAACAAGACCUAUGGCAUGUUUGAAGCCAUACAGUACCGGUCUCAAGUGGUUGCUGGAACCAACUACUUAAUUAAGGUCCAAACUUCUGGAGAUGAAUAUGUGCACAUAAAAGUAUUUCAAGCCCUUCCUCAUGAGAACCAAGGUCCCAGACUUACCGGUUGUCAGACUGGGAAAACCAGAGAUGAUCCUCUGACAGAAUUCUGAGGGUGGUGAGGAAUGGUUCCUCGCUUCUGCACGUCACAUGUGGAUUCUGCCUCUAUUGGUAAACACAUGAGAAUAAAAUUUUGAAAGCUGUUCAUCUACUGCGUGUCAUGUCCAGAUCUGCUGCCUGGCUAAAGCUUGAGCGGGCUCUGAAGUACUAAUCACAGCUGCUUCUGCCUCCUGCAGUACUGUAGCUCUAAGUCAGAGCACACUACACCCCUUUCAGAUCUUCUUUCCAAGUACUGUCAAGGCAAGGUCCGAAGACAAAGCUCGGGCUGUUGUGAGAGCACUUUUGAGUGUAACAGGCCACAUACUUCUUGGGUUUGCUUUAAGUGCAUUAAUUACAAGCUAUUGGCUGCUCUUCAGAAGCUGUGCGAGAUAAAUGUACUUCUAGGGGAGGAGCUGAGAGGUCAAAAUGUGCACCCCUCUCUAAAAGCGGCUUGGCUGUUUGGGGUGGGGUUGAGGAAGGGGUGGAACUACUCAAAGUAGCGGGAGGAGCUGCAGCAGAAACAGCUGAAUCCCAGUGUUCAGGCCCUGGAGCAGGGAGUGACCGUGAUGAUUGGGAAUAUAUGGAGCUCAUCCUUUUUUGUAGCAUCAGCCACCUGCAGUGACAACAGUCUUCAGUUAAGACUUCUGUGGGGACAAAGAUAGAGGGCAACCCCAAACCACCCCAACCCUGUUUUCCUGCUGGCAGCUGCUCAGACAGGGUCUCUGGAGUUACCUGCCAUGCAACUCUGAGCUGGUGCUCAGGUGUGAGACAUCAAAUCAAAUGCUUUAAGGCCUUAAAAUGUGAAGACAAUCCAUGGAUUCCCGUAACUUUAGGAUUACUGCCUAAUAUUUUCCAGGAGAGCUGAACCUUGCUGUCAAAUGUCUUUAAAAUGCUCUGUCUGUCUUCAUCAGCACGAGCUGUCCUCCUCUCAGAAUAGCGUUUGGUGAAAACAUUUUGUUUUUUGAGCCAAGAAAACAAUUUAGAAGUUUACCAGCAACAAAAAAUAACCAUAUGUACACAUCCAGAACUCCUGUUUUUAGCAAAACAGGAACUGCAUUAUAACACAGAUGUAAUCUUCCUGUGUUUAACACUGGGGGUGGGGACUCUUUCGGCUGAUAGGAGUAAAAGCACGUAUGCGAAGAAAGUAGUUAAGAGAUCUGUUAAGUUCCCCCUUAAUAAUCAGGAGGCAGAACAUGCUCUGUGUAACCAGCGCUACCUACGCCGUAUAUAAGAAGCACAGUAAUAAGCACGUAAGUUCACUGCGCCCUCUCAAAACUGCUGGGAGUUUCUUCACUAUAGGACCAAGAACAGUGUCAUGUAGACGAGGGCUGGUCCCCUCAGCUCAGAAUGCAGCAACACCUCUCCCCUCCCCAGUUCAUUAUACAAGGCAUGUGCCAAAAUUUCCAGUGCGCACACACAGCCUCCCCCCUCCCGGGGGAAGUCUUCCUUUCUGCAGACUCUCCUAUUCAUCUCAAGGACCUCCAAUCGCUUAGGGCAGGUCCUGCCCAUAAGAAUAAAGGCAGCACUGAGCAUCUCAGUCUUUUCUGUGUCCUCUGUCAAGAGGCCCACAUUUUCCUCAGCACUCCUCUUACUGCUGAUAGACCUGCUGAAGCCUUCCUUGUUGCCUUUCAUGUCCCUCACCAGAUUAAAAUA